ACCCUAUUGACAAUUUUGCUCAUUAUUCUUUCUCUAGCUUUCUCAAUUAAUUAGAGCCCAUGGAGGACAUAAGAAAAGCAUGGUCCGAAGCUAUCUUGUAUUACCUAGCGAUUCAUGUAAAACUGGUGAGAGAAAUUAGGAAAAUCAACAAAAAAAGGUUCCAAACACAAAGAGAAACAAACAGAAGUAGAUGCAAAAGGCCUGGUCAACUUCAUUUCGUAAUAAAAUAAACUUGUUUAUUAAUGAAGAGUGGUGGGCUUAGAUAAUCUUUCCACUGGGCACAACUGCCAAGUGCAAAGAAAGAGAAAUCUUUACAUGAAAACAAUAGAUACAACAUGGAAGCAGAAUCAUCUUCUCAAAAACCUCAGAUGCAAAUCACAGCAUCAAGAUUGUCAGUUUCUAGCUGUUCUUCAUUAUUAAUGGCCUUCCUUUUUGCUCUCUCUGCAUAUUUCCAAUUCAAUGAUCCUGAUUGGUAUUUCUGGUUUCCCCUAUAUGCACUGGCUUGCCUUGUCAACAUAGUCAAUGGGUUCACAAAAAUAGCCAGAGUUGCACUCUGUAUGGGGGGGACCAUCUUAUUCCUCAAAGUUGUCACUGAAGAUGUUCGUUUUCAUCAAGGAAUAUCUGGAAUUUGGUCAUUUGAUAUGAGGGAGAGAGUAGUGAGGGAAAAGAUUGGAAGUGGACUUGUUAUCCUCUCCAUGUCUUUACUAUCGCAAAAAGGAAACCCUAAUAAUACAAAACUUUCAGACCAUAUUGAAUUUGGACAGUCAAUCUUGGUUGCAAUAGGUUAUGGCCUGUCCUCUGCUUUCUUUUUGCUCUCAAAGCCAGAAAUGAAGUUUUAAUCUUACAAACAGUUUAUAGUCUAGUGGUACCAGUACUAGUAUUUAAUAAGUUGGGUAUGAGUUUAAUUCUCACU